UCGCCCCAUUCUUCCCCGGCCCUGCUGCCUUUCCCCUGAGUCUCUCCCGCUGAGCUGCCCACGGACGCAACUAAAGGGGGAGGGGGAAAGGGCACGCGGCUUCUUUCGCUGGGCGGGGUUUUGCACGAGAGACGUAGGCGGCGGCGAGGACGAUGGGGGCAUCGACGGCAGGGGAACGGGGCGGCCGCGAGCCCGCGGCAGGCGCGAUGUCGGCGAUCGGGGAGGUAGCCAAGCAGCUACAGUCCAACUACCGGGAAAUCACUCCCAAGAGGCUGCGGAUGUUAGAUAUGUUUCUGCUCUUCGUGUUCGCGACUGGGGUGCUGCAGUUCGUAUAUUGCGUGCUCGUGGGAUCCUUCCCGUUCAACUCGUUUCUUGCCGGGUUCUCGUCAACGGUUGGAGCCUUCGUAUUGACAGUUUCGUUGAGAAUGCAGGUGAUGGAAGCGAGCGAUAACGGGGGGGUCGUUCGGGGGCGGUCGCUGGAGCGAUGCUUCGCGGAGUAUGUGGUGUGCAACAUGGUGCUCUUCUUGGUGGUGAUGAACUUCAUGGGGUGAUAUGGAGAAACAAGUGCAAUUGGGAAGACGAUCUUGUUUAACGUUUAGUCGUAGGGAGCGAUGGUGGCGGUAGAAACAACGAACACCGGUUCAGGAACAUAGAACUCGAACCUGCUUGAUCGCUCGUGGUCUAGGGACGCCGCCCACGGGGGGG